AUGCAUUUCUCCACCCUCCUCUUCGCUGGCUUGGCAGCGUGUGGCUUCUAUGCCAACGCUUUGCCUGUCGAACCCAAGCGCGAUGCCGCUGCCGUUUCCGAAGCAGAUCCUGCGCCGGGCUUCAAGCCUGUGAUCGUAUGGGAGCAUACUACCAGCGACGACGAUGAUGGCAUGGUGUAUCAAUGGCGCCGUAAGGACUAA